GGAUCGGGAAAGAAUCUGCAAAUCUUUUUCUGCAGCAGCAGCAGCAAGAUGCAGUUCUGUGCAGCGGAGCAGCCGUACCUGACAAAGAACACCUUCUGCGCCAGUGAGAUGGAUGUCCAGGUAGCAGUGACCAAAAAUGAACCCAUGAAGAGCUUCAGGAAGGCUGUGCUGAUUGUCAUUGCGACCGAGAGCAUGAAGAAAUCUUCUCCCAGGCUCUUCUCGGAUGAGGACCUAAUGGACAUUUUAAGCACGAUCUUAGAACCAGUCACUUUUGAAAUCUACGGGCACACAGAAGCCACUAAUUCCAUCUAUCACUUCUGGAGGGAUAUCGUCUACAACAUCCAAGACUCUGACCACAAGUCCCUCGUCUUCAAGGAGCCCGCACAGUUGGUGGCCAUGCAUCUUCAGGGUCCCAACAUUGAGCAAGCAGUGAAAUUAAAAAUGUCUGUGUAUCGUCCAAAAAUCGAGGCUGGAACUUCAAAGAUCCCUGUGGCCUUGAGCAUCCAGAAGGGGAAGCUUUAUGUCUCUUGCGUAUGGAAAGAGGGACAGGCAGUGCUGCAGUUGGAGGAAGCCACCAUCCAAGGGAACCUGGACAAAUCUCAGCUGGGCCGUUUCCUAUUCUUCAAAAUCGAGAGCGGAAAGCACACGAGGUUCGAAUCAGCCGAGUGCCCCGGAUGGUUCAUCUGCACGUCCACCCAGUCUGAGGAGGCCGUUGCUGUGACGAAGCAGCCCGGAGGCCCUCAGGUCAUUGUGGAUUACAGCCUCACCAGCCCGUGAGCAGAGGCUGCCCUGCCCUGCUGCAGACUUUGCAAGUGUCCCAGACAUCUUGGACAAGUGUCCAACAUAGGGUUGUCCCCAUUGUCGGGGACUUUUGCUUCGGCGGGAAAGUCUUAGUACCGAGAUACAAACUGAGGGGAGGGGGGGUAAUAUUUAAUGUACAUAGUUAUUAAUAAUUUAAUAAAUAUUUGCCAGUUUUUUUACCAGUUUAUAUGAUGAUAAAUUAAGUUUUAUA